AUGCAGGCUAUGUUCGAGGUCAUCACCUCGGAAGCUUCAUACUAUCAAAGUUUGAAUGUUCUGGUCAAUCACUUCUAUCACGCACCGGAGUUCGGUUGCGAAACCAAUACCGCCUCGCACGUGAGCAGUCCGUCCAUCGCUCGAGCUGCGGCACCGAGCGGUGGUGGUGGUGGUGUUGGUGGCGGCGGCGGUGGCCCGUCGAGUACGGCCAGUUCUCCGGCUCAUGCUGGUGGAUCCGCACAGUCGGAACCGGGUGCGCAUGCCGAACUCGGCCUGGAUCUUCCUCCCGCAUCUUUAUCUCCGAACUCGUCGGGAGCAUCAACCAAACGACCAUUGCUCAAACCGCUAGAAAAGCAUCAUCUGUUUUCCAACGUGCUAUUGGUAUUUCUUCGUGAUUUAGAGGCACGAUGGGCCGCACAAACCCCGAUUGUCAACGAAGUCUGCGACCUGAUUGUGAAACAUGCUGGUGGGGCUAAUUUUGAACCGUACAUCACAUAUCUGCGGAACCAGGCCUACCAGUUAGCCACAUUACGUAAUCUAUGUCAACGUGAAUCGUUUCGUUCGGCUUUGGAGACACUACAUGCAAAUCCAAUUAGUGGAAAAAAUUCGCUCAGCUCGUUUCUUGCCUUACCCAUGCAAAGACUCACACGUCUCAAACUGUUGGUUGAAGUGAUUCGACGCUUGCAAGACGCGGUGCUUCGUGAUGCGGCCGAGGCAGAUGCGGGCAAAGGUGUUCGACCAUACCGAAUUCCCACCGAUCGGGAACGGGAAAAUGUUCAGCUGGCUCUGUGCGAGUUGAGUCGGCUUCUCGCAUCCAGUGAAACUGAGAAAGAACUAAUGGAUCAGAAGGCUCGGCUUUUGACACUGUCCACAUCGUUGGAAUUCAUGGAUACGGUUAAAGUAAGUGCAUUGAACAAUGAAUGCCUGUUCACUGUAAUCGUAUGGCUUAAAUCUACCGGUUAUACUUGA